ACAUUUAAUUUGUCUAGACUUAAAGUUGAAGCUACACCAUCAACAAAACUAUCAUUAAACUUAAAAAUGAACUGAAACCAACCCAAUCGAUCUCCUUCACUACACCCCAAUACUUACCUUAAAAAACAAAAAUGGUCCAAACAUCAAUUAUUGAUCGCAAACUUCAAUGUCUCUUCCCGGCAGCAUUAGUUUCCAUUCUCGUACUAGGAACUUCAAGAUUAGUCCUAGAAACUUUGAAGAGCAACCAAAGAGUGUACAGCCAUGGAAAGCAUAAUAAAAAGUCGGUGUUCGUUACGGGUGAAGAUAGGUUUGAAAAAGGGUGCAAUGUGUUUGAAGGGAGAUGGGAAUGGGACAAUGUAAGUGAUCCUAUUUAUACAGAAGAGAGCUGUCCUUACUUGGUUAAACAGACUACUUGUUUGAGGAAUGGUAGACCUGAUUCUUUCUAUCAGAAUUGGAGGUGGAAGCCUACCCGAUGCGAAUUGCCAAGAUUUGAUCCGUUGAAGCUACUAGACAUUUUGAGGGGAAAAAGAUUGAUGUUCAUAGGAGACUCAUUGCAAAGAGGUCAAUUUGAAUCAAUGGUGUGCAUGUUGCAAUCCGUAAUUCCUGAUGGAAAAAAGUCCUUUCACAGAAUUCCGCCAAUGAAGAUCUUCAAAGCCGAGGAAUACAAUGCAACAAUAGAGUAUUAUUGGGCACCAUUUAUGGUGGAGUCAAUUUCAGAUCAUGCAACAAAUCAUACGGUACAUAAAAGGCUCGUCAAUCUUGACUCUAUUGCUAAACAUGGCAAGGCUUGGGAAAAUGUUGAUAUUUUGGUGUUUGAGAGCUAUGUUUGGUGGAUGCACCAACCUCUUAUCAAUGCAACAUAUGGGUCAUCUGACGAUGUUCGAGAAUAUAAUGUGACAAAUGCAUAUAAAUUGGCAAUGGAAACAUGGGGAAAUUGGGUAGAUUCAAACAUUGAUCCUCGCAAGCAGAAAGUCUUCUUCAUGAGCAUGUCUCCUACUCAUUUGUGGAGUUGGGAAUGGAGACCAGGAAGUGAUGAGAACUGCUUCAACGAAUCGUACCCAAUAAAAGGACCAUAUUGGGGCACAGGUUCAAAUCUCCAGAUCAUGAAGAUUGUUGGUGAUGUCUUGCAAAACCUAAAAAUAAAUGUAACUUUGAUGAACAUUACACAGUUGUCCGAAUACAGGAAGGAUGCUCAUACGGCAAUUUAUGGAGAACGAAAGGGCAAGCUCUUGAACAAGGAACAAAGAUCGGAUCCGAAAAAGUUUGCCGAUUGUAUCCACUGGUGUUUACCGGGAGUUCCCGAUACUUGGAAUCACAUUUUAUAUGCACAUUUGUUACAGAAUCAUCAACCCUUUUUGUAAUAGCAUAAAGAUUAGACAUUGUGACCUUUUCACUCUUCAAGAUCAAAACUUGUAGACGACUAUGCAAAAAUUAAACCGAAAAAUUCAGUUCGUUUCA